CUGGGUACUGCAGAGUACUACGCAUGUAUAUUGAUUUAUUAAAUUGGCGGGAAAAGCCUAAAGAAUAUUAGUUUGUGUAGUAAAAUGGUGUCAGAAGAAUCGUUAAUUCUGUGCUUUUCUAAUUUAGGUUGUGAUAUUUCCGAUAAAUCCGUGAUCGAUAAAUGUAUUCAGCUAUGUCAUGAUUAUAACAUAGAUGAAGAAAAAUUUGUAGAAUUAUGGGUAGCAUAUACAAUUCCACGCUCCUUAGAUAUUGAUCCAACAAUAAACAAUCUUAUUAAGUUUGAAAAGGAAGAUUUAGAAAAAAACAAUAAAUGUUCUUUAGACGUUCCUACCCAAGUAGUAUCAAAUAUACAUAUUGAUAUACAGUCUAAUACAGAAAUUACUGGUAAGAAUGUUUUGGAUAUAUACAGCAGUGGAGAAUGCCCUACAUUAAAGCAAACUAAAAGAGCAAGGAGUCCAACAGCUGAGACAGAAAGCAAUAAUAAAUUACGAGCAGUAGGCCAUACGUUCACACCGUUGAAUUAUACCUCACAAUCUGAUGUUCCAAUUCGUGCACCCAGUACUACGGUUAGAGGCAAAGUCCUUUUACUUUUUGGCCCUGCCAUUCAAAAUUGGAAGAAACAAAACGAGCACGAUGUAUCGAUCGUUAAGGCGGAUAAUUCUCAUAUACCUAAAGGUGCAUUGUACAUGUUUGAAAUGUUUUCCAAUCAGGGAGCCAUUCUUACCAUGCAUUGUCAAAGUUUUGGCGAGCGAUUGUGCUACGCUUGGAACGCUAUUGAACCUCCUAAUUCGAAUAUACGUUACAUUAGAAACAUAGCGCCUAUAAAACCAGUUGUGUUUAGAACAUGGGGCAGACUAUUUAUAACAGCCGAAAAGCCUAGUGGAAGGAAAAUUGUUAUGCUGGAAGGUACCAAAAGGCUUAAAAUUCAGAAACAAGCUCCCAUUUUACAUCUGAAUCUUAAAGGAAUUAAGCAUUACUCAGUGUUUACUGGUCAGAUCGUUGCGGUUGAGGGUAUUAUCACUACUGAGGAUACUUUAACAGUAAAUAAAUUGUUUGUUAAGGGAUAUGCACCAUUAUUCGAUGUACCUAAAAUAUCGAAAGAUAUUAAAAUAUACGUUGCGGCUGGUCCGUUUACACCCUCUGAUAAUUUAAAUUAUCAACCUUUAUGGGAUCUUAUGGAACGCGUUGUAGAAGACGAACCUAAUAUGUUAAUAUUAGUUGGACCUUUUGUAGAAUAUACACAUCCUGAAAUUAAAAAAUGUAGUUUAAAAGAGACUUUUCAAGAUUUUUUUGAUACGCUUUUAACGAAGAUUCUGCAAUAUUUACAAGGGAAAUCUACUCGCAUUAUAUUGGUACCUUCUAAUCGUGAUGUGCAUCAUCAUCCGGUUUUUCCAACUCCGGAGUUCAUUCUAAAUACAAAUAAACUUGGAUCAAAUACGACGAAUAUUUGUAGUAUGCCAGAUCCAUGCAUAAUAAACGUAGAUGGUUUACAUAUAGGAGUAACAUCGGUUGAUGUACUUAGACAUCUUGGACAACAAGAAGUAUCGAAUACACCUGGAAUGGAUAGACUUGGUCGUUUGGCCGAGCAUGUAUUGUCUCAGUCUUCAUUCUACCCUGUAUAUCCUCCUCCUCCUGGCUUGAAUCUUGAUACCAGACUUUGGAAACAAUACGCUUGUUUUGAACGGCAACCGCACGUGUUGAUCUUACCUUCCGACGUUAGACAUUAUUGCAAACCAUUAAAUGAAUGCCUCGUUUUGAAUCCGGAGCGAUUACAAAAGUACAUAUGUGCUAAGUUAUGUGUACGGCCAAUGAAUAAUGGAAAAUGGGAUCCAAAUAGAGUAUCUUGUGAGAUUGUGAAAGUCUGAUCGCUUUUUCUCAUUUUUUUCUUAUAUUUUCUUGUUGCGAUAAAAGAUACGAUAAUUAAAAUACAAAAGUAAGAAGUUUGUGUCUUUUAUUUAAAGAAUGAUGUUAAUAAAAAGAAUUUGUAUAUAAUUUGUGUUUUCA